UGGCAGCAGCAAAUCACGGCCGGACGGAAAGUCAUGUAAUGCCUGGGGACGCUGGGACCGGGGGACAAAGAAAGAAGGCACAGCGCCAGAGACGGCCAGACAGACAGACAGACAGGGACAGGGAGAGCAAGACAGUCGGAGGAACAUGGUUCGCCAUGAACAUGCAUGGAGUGUGAGUGAGUGAGCUCCAGGCUGCCGCUGUUCGAGAAAAGAAUACAUGUCCGUGCAGACUGGAAUCUCAAGAAAUGGGGCUGUGGGAGGAAGGAGCUGAGUUGAAUUGAGUAUUGUAUUGUAUUGAAUAGAUCCUCAAGGAGGCGCCGGUUCUUGCUUCGCUUGCUCGACGCGAAUUUGACGAUACACCGACCCCACCGUCGGGGCGAGAGAAGAGAGCGGCGGAGUGUCUGUCGAUUCGAUCCCUACAUUGUGUUUGUUCGCUUGCGCGAACGCACUCUCCUCUCCAUCCUUCGUUCUUACUUACUCCACGGGUUGUGGGGACGGAGGAAGAGGAGAAGAAGAAACCGAAGGCUUCUUCUUCUCUCCUCGCGGUCGUUGUUGGUUGGUUGGUUGGCAGUCGCUCAGGCAGGCAGUGCGUGCCGAAUCGAAUUGGACGUCGUCGUCGGGGGUCUGUUUCAUCAUUUCCUUGGUAAUUUGUAUGCGGUCGCGUAUUCUGGAAGUGUUGUUUCCUAGCUACCUCCGGGGUGUAAUUGUCGUAUCGCCUCAACGCCUCGAAGAAAUCUGAGACGGGACAGUGACGCGCAGAUUAGAACACCUGAUUUCGCUCACCGACGACAGCGCUUUCUUUGACCGGCUGUGGAUUGUAGAAUUCCAUCGGGAGAGAUUUCUCUUGCCUGCUGGUGGCUGUGCUAUACAUUUCUGUUCUGGCACUACGGGUCAGAUAUUUUGGACGGCCACUGCGAUCAGUGGGGCUGUGGUUUUCUCAGUGGGCUUUCAGUAGUUGUUUACCUCACAAUAUUGGGCAUUAUAUAUAAACAGGCUACAGGUGCUUCAUUGUCUCGGGUGGAUGCAUAGAUCAUAGAGCUGUGGAGCGUUUCAUUGGACCCGCACGAGCAAUCAGUUUUUGAAGUUCGUCCAGCUAGAGACAUCAGCUGCAGUCAUUCGGUAUACACGGGAAAAGGGCCACACCCUCGCAUAGAAGACUCGUGGAAGACUCUGCGAGAUAUGAGAAAUGUACUGUCAUUUCGAGUAGAAGACGGCCAGAGUUGCAUGCAGAACUGGAAACUGGGAGUCAGUAAAACACGUGAAAGAUAAGAUUAAAUUGCACAUUCUUAGCGCAGAAUUUUGCGUCUGAAAGUAUCGAACAGAUGGCAUCGACAGGAAAGGAGACUCCGGGUGACCCAUCGAUGCUAACGCACCACCCUUCUCAAGUUACAGCACCAAAUUCUGGGGUCUCGAAGAAACAGCAUGAAACAGAAAUUAUAGGCAUAGUUGGAGCGGUUUCAGCAGUCAUCGCCCUCUGCUUGUUGGCAUUGAUAAUCUACAUUCGUUGGCGACGAGGAGUUUUGGCCAGAAAGAUUGUCGUCAAGGAAGAAGAAAAUUACCUUGAGAACAACCGAAAGCUUCUCCUCUGUCCGAGAAACAAGUACAGCAAUUCCGGACUUUUGACUUCUCUAAGUCUAACACCAAAGACGCAUAUUCGUUUCUUGUUUGAGGACCUGAAUAUAGCAACGAGUGGAUUUGAUGAGAAGAAUUUAUUAGGAGAGGGCGGCUUUGGUAGAGUCUACAAAGGUGUACUUCCACUUAUUCCCUUCACCAAAGUAGCUAUCAAGGCUCUCACCGGAACCAGUUCACAAGGAGUAAAAGAGUUCGUGACUGAAAUCGAACUCCUCAGUAGGCUGGACCACAAACAUCUGGUCCGCCUUCUGGGCAGCUGUAUGGUCGGUGAGCAGCUUUAUCUGGUCUACAGGCAUGUCGCCAACGGCAGUUUGUCAGAUCACCUUCACGGAGAGAAUCGUCAAACAAAAACUUAUUUUCCUUGGGGAAUAAGAGUGAAAAUAGCUCUAGGAGCCGCGCUAGGUAUCCAGUAUUUACACCAGCAGAAACCCACUGUGCUACAUCGGGACAUCAAGGCUGCUAACAUACUUCUCACUGGAGGUUUCAAUGCAAAGGUUUGUGACUUUGGAUUUGCAAAACAGUUGACAGGAGCGCUGGAUGAUCCCGUAAGAUUUUGUUGUACACCUUCAAGGUCUGGUGCAUUAGGCACACUGGGGUAUGUUGCCCCCGAAAGCAUGAUGACAGGAGAAGUCUCAAGUGCAAGUGAUGUUUACAGUUUUGGAGUAGUUAUGUUGGAGUUGCUCACUGGAAGAAAGCCUCUCGAUUUCUCACUCCCAGAAAAGGACCAAAGUCUCGUGAACUGGUCCAGGAUGUACUUGGAGCAAGAACGUGUGAGUGAACUCCUCGACUCAGAUAUGCCCGAUGACAUCGCAUACAUACGUGAAUCGGCCCUCCUAUUCAUGCGAAUGACGAGAUUGUGUCUAGGAAUGGAUCCUCGGGAACGCCCCAAUAUGAACGAAGUUGUCCAAACACUUCAAGUGCUACGAGCUGAGUUCGAAUCUCGAAUCGAUGCUGAGUCUAUCAAUCUUAGCGUCAGCCUCAGCGACAGUGGAAGCAGUGAUAGCGCAUCGGACACCAGUGAAGAGAAAUCUGCUGAUGACAUAUCGUCCUGCCAAUUCGACGAUAUCACUAUCCUCGACAUGGACCAAUUCUCUCAACGGUUUUUAGAAGCAGAGGGUUACGAACAGGAUGCAAUGAACGGAGAUCUCUCCUCAAAGAAUUCAUCGCAAAAAAGUGGAGGUCCUUUCAAACCGCUCUCUUGGUUAUCCCAUGGUUUCAACAAGCCUCCCACUCCGACAAGAGGUUAAGAUUUCUCGAACUCAACUCAGCCUCAAAAGUUCAAUUCCUCGUCUUAGUCUGCAGUCAGUUCCCCCAUGUUAUCUGCUUGCCAUGUCGAUGAAGUGCAAGACUGGAGUACUGUACAAGUGCAGAUUGUGCCACUCGUACCAAAGAUCAACAUUUGUCGAGGUCUGAUCGAUCGAUCUCCUACGAAGAAUACCUUCUCGUCGGCUUAAACUGCAUCCUCUGGAAACAUAGAACUGCAGCUGCGCCUUGCAGUAGUUAGCUAAUGAUCUGUUACAGAGCUUCGUAUCUCGUCCAAUGCAUGGAGAGAUUUUCACUAUCUCCGUAAAGCAUGUUGGAGGAUCGGGGAAAUGCUGUCGGCGACUCGUCCUGAACAGAGCCGUAUCAGUGAAUCACGUCAAAAAAAUUUAAGUAUGAAAGCAAGAAGAAGAGAAGUUUGUUGCUGACCUCGCCGCUGCUGCCGCCGCCGACACUGGAACAGUACAUGCUGCUGUCCUGUGCGUGGUAGCUGUUCAAAAGCAAAGAAAGCAUCGUGCAACAUGGACUUGUGAAAGCCAAGAUAUGUUGUUACUUUUGAUGAGUCGUUGACGUGUGGUUUCAGUUGGAGCCCGCUUCAUUAUAGUCGACGUCCUGUUCCCUUCCCAGUGCUGCAACUGCAGAAAACGCAUCGGAAGCGGCCGCCCCCCUCGACAUCAUUCUCAGACUUAACACCCAGGAUUAUGCUGGAAGUUGGAGCAAUUUGCAAUUGCCCACACAGUUAUCUCUUCUUGCUCUCUGAUAGUUGCUGUAUAUCCGUUUCAUCCAUUGCUAAGCAUCCACGCCAGAAAAAUUGUAUAAACCACCACUGUUGGAAGUGGAUCUCGUUCCUCGCGAGUAAGCCUUCGAUGUCUUGCAGAUCAGAUUGAUUAGAAGGUUCUACAAGAGAGAUUGUGGGUAGGUCAAGUCUUCUCUAAGCCAUCGUCCUGCCUUCAGCCAGUUGGCCCACUUACGGCAAUGUGUCCACAUAUCUGCCCAAUUUUGAUAAUCAGUGUAUAUAUUCCCGUAGUCUCUCAUGUACACACAAGAAGAUACGUAUUUUUCUUCAGGUUGAUCUAAUCUCGAGUGAUUUGUAAGAGUUUAUUGUCCCUCCUUUGAAUUCAACCACCCCAAUGCUGUUCGUUCUUGGAGGGGAAUCCGGCC